AUGCCAAAGCGCAAAUUCUCCGACCUCAACGACCGACCCUCCGGGGCCGUCGACAUCAAACUCGCGCGCCUAACCGCCAAAUUCGAAAACGGCGUGACCGCCUUAUCGCGAGCCCUCAAGACCGCCCGGGCGUUUGAGCGCCAGAAACUUGGCCGGCGAGAGAAGACCGCCAAGAGCGAGAACAAGCCUGAGGCGCUGGCGAGGAUCGAAGAGGAGAUUAGGGUGAUUAAGAGUCUUAAUUUCCAGGCGACGGCGGAGAAAUACCUCUUCAAGCAGCUUGUCAAGACGAAGCGGAUUGCCGAGUCGCCUGUCUUUCUGAAGUUCAAGGAGCGGAAGAAUAUCUCUACGGAGGGGCCGCGCAGCACGGCUGAGGCGAAUGUCACGGCGAGGCUUUACAAAUCGAAUCCGGUGAAGAAUGUCUUUCCGGGAAUUAUGGAUGGGAUCCGGCAAUUACUUGGGUUGGAGGCUGCGGCUGCAGGGAAGAAGAAUGUGUCAGAACAGAAGAAGGGGUCCACAGACCAACGGAAGAGUGAAAGCAAAGAGCCAUCGUUAGAUGGAGGAUCAGAGCUGGAGGAGGAAUCUGACGCAGACAGCCGAAAGACUGCGUCCAAGGCCGCUGCGAGGUCCGCGAAGGUAGCUUCCGAGGAAGCAGACAGGGAAGAAGGAAGCGAUGUCGACAUGGACGACGCCGAGAGCGUAGACUACUCGCACUUUGACGCACGGCUGGCCUCAGACUCCGGUUCCCACAGCGAUGGCGAAAGCGACGCCGAAGAAGCCUCAGACUCCGACAACUCCAACAUCUCCCGCUCUAUCUCCCGAUCUCCCUCCCCCGAAAAACCCACGAAAAAGUCCAAAAAAGCCACCUCCACCCCAGCAACAAGCACAACCUUCCUCCCCUCUCUGACAAUGGGAGGGUACUUCUCCGGCUCCGAGUCCGAGCCCGAAGACCUCGAAGGUACAGCGGGCCCGCCGCGCCGGAAAAACAGAAUGGGCCAGCAAGCGCGCCGUGCCCUCUGGGAGAAGAAGUACGGGAGUGGAGCGAACCACAUCAAGAAGCAAAAGGAGAAUGAAUGGAAGAACAGGGAUAGUGGCUGGGAUGCGCGCCGGGGCGCUACGGAUGGCACUGAAGGGCCGAGAGGGAAGCGUGGGCUGGGCCAGGGACGACCCUGGCAAAGAAAUAACAAUUCCACUGGUGGUGACCGGCCGCAGCGUGGUCCUCCAGGCGGCUCCAACAAGAAGAAUGUCAAGGAUGAUAAGCCGCUGCAUCCUUCUUGGGAGGCGGCCAGGAAGGCCAAGGAGCAGAAGUCGAUGGCGGCGUUCCAGGGAAAGAAGGUCACGUUCGAUUAG